AUGAGCGAAGAGUUCGCUCGUAUAAAUCCGAAACGAAAAGUCCCAGUGUUGGCAGUUAGCGACCAAGUCAUCACGGAAAUGCCAGCGAUUCUCACAUAUAUCUCCGCAUUACGCCCAGAUCGAAAGUUAUUUGGCCAGAGCACAAUAGAGACUGUCCGUGCAUACGAAUGGCUGAACUAUCUUUAUGGUACUCUUCACCUACAAAGAUAUGGAGGGCUUUGGAGACCAGAGAGAUUCGUGGGCGAUGAAUUUAUGUACACUGUGCUUAUAGAAAAGGCGAGGCAGACGAUUGAAGAUUGCUACGCCUUUAUUGAUGAGAAGCUCAAACAAUCCGGUGCCAUCUUCUCAGUGGGUGAUUAUUUCACAGGUGUUGAUGCAUUUCUCCUGGUUUUCUAUCUACGGGGAAUAAGGAUCAAUGUCGACAUGGACGGGAGAUAUCCAUCAUAUGCCGCAUUAGCACAUAACUUGUUGCGGAGGGAUCCAGUGAUAGAAGCACACAAAGUUCAUGUACAAAUGUGUUGA